AUGUUAUCUUCGAAGCGUUCGGCCCUCCGUUUCUUAAAAACUACCAGAAUGGCGUCUACCGGGUACGCUGCAGACGAUGUCUUGUUUCACAAUGAGAACAUGGCUCGCGUCAUCACAUUGAACAGAACAAAAAAGCUCAACUCGCUCAACACCUCGAUGGUGACGAAAAUUGUUCCUCGUUUAUCUGAAUAUGCUAAGCUGGAUGUUUGCAAUUUGGUGAUACUCACUUCUAACUCGCCUAAAGCACUUUGUGCCGGUGGAGAUGUCGCAGAAUGUGCCGCUCAGGUGUUAAAGGGCAAUGCAGCUUAUGCCCUGGACUUUUUUCAAAAGGAAUACAAUAUGAACUAUUUGAUUGCAACUUACUCGAAGCCAUACAUUGCGCUCAUGGAUGGAAUCACGAUGGGUGGCGGUGUUGGUCUUUCUGUCCAUGCGCCUUUCCGUAUUGCUACAGAAAAAACAAAAUUGGCCAUGCCAGAAAUGGACAUAGGCUUUUUCCCAGAUGUGGGGACUACCUUUUUCUUGCCAAGAUUAGAUGAUCACUUGGGAUACUAUUAUGCCUUAACGGGUGAGGUUUUAUCUGGUAUGGAUGCGUAUAUGGCUGGCUUUGCUACACAUUACAUUCCUUCCGAAAGAUUGCAACAUCUCGUGAAGCGUUUGUCGAACUUGAACCCUCCAGUUAUCAAUGGUUCUCCAGACGACGCAUCGGUUUUAAAGAACCAGAAGGAUUACUUUGCGCAGGUGAAUUCUGUGAUUAAUGAAUUCGCCGAAUCCAAAUUACCUGAACUGUACAAAUUUCACUUAUCGGACGAAGAAGUAUCAUUGAUUAAUAAAGCCUUCUCGCAUGAGACUUUCGAAGAAGCACUUGAUACAUUCAAGAAUGCUGGAACUGACUUUGGCACAACUACCUUCGAACGCUUGUCAGCAAAGUCUCCCACUUGCGUUCGCGUGGCAUUCCAAUUAAUGAAGAAGGGCUCUAAGAAUUCUAUUCGUGCCCAAUUGGAGACAGAAAUGAUCACCGCAACCAACAUGAUGAAUGCCAAGCUCGAGGAGAAUGAUUUCGUCAAGGGUGUCAAGCAUAAACUUAUUGAUAAGAUUAAAACCCCUAACUUGCCUGAAUGGACUCCGUUUGACCCCUCUCGCGUUUCCAAGUUGAUUUCUCCAUCGAUUCACUCUGCGAAACUCCCUUCCCCUCUUUUAGAAAAGUUUUUUGGUGUUAACUUCACCGAAUACGUGUUCAACAUGGGCUUGCCUAAAAAUGGGCAAAUCGAAAAUUACAUUACUGGAAGGGACGGAUCCAACAGAUCUUACUUGCCUACUCCAAGUGAGGUUGUAAAGCAUUUCAAGAGUUCCACUGGUAACAAAUUGGGCGUUGAAGAAAAAGUGAGGAGAACCCUUGCCAUACAUGGAGAAGCUUCCAAGUACGACAACAAGUACGUUUCAUGGAAGGGAUAA